AUAUUCGAACACAAUCAUUUCAAGUAAACAGGUGCACUCUACUUUAAAUGUGACAGUCUUAUCGCAGCACUUCCUGAAAUCCUGGUCCGAGACCAGCUCAUAGUUUCAAAGCGCAAGCAGUUGACGAAACUUCAACCGUCGAAAAGUUGUGGCAUUGAACAAAAUGAUUCAACCUUUAUAUUUCUCACCCGCGUGCUUCCAACACUUGGAUACAAGAGCCUUGAUCUGUUUCAUAACCAGAUUUAUAGAUGAAUCAUUCGUUCCUAUCAUCUGAUAUGGCACAUACCUCUAAAUUAACACAUACUGUGACAACUUUUUCCUUUCCCUUUCAUGGCAAUCAGUCUGUAUUUGACUUUGGGGUCCCAGCUCAGACAACCCAGAAAGUGUGUCGGUUACUCUUCCCGCUUACUUAACUUAUGGAUGGUACUGAGCAAGGUUAUCCAGUAACCACGGGACAGAACAAUAUAUUAAUUCAGUGUAUUCAUUUUACUGACAAUCUGUCUCUGGUAGAUUCUGUGGUUGAAACACAUGGAGUACGUAGGAAAUUAUGGUAUAGGUACGUAAACACCGAGGGCUUUGCCACUCUUCGCGAAAAUCCAAUCUUUGAGCAACCACCAGAUGGAUACAGUACAACGUUUAACAUGUCUGCCACUUUUGAGGUCAGCGAAAACUAUGGUGAAAGUUUGACUUCCUACUUACAGGUACCAGAGAGUGGGAACUAUAUUUUCUCCUUGUCUUGUGGAGAUGAAUGCGAGCUGUGGUUUAAAGAAUUCGAAGGAAGAGAGUUGUCAUUUAAACAAACUGCUGCUUCCAAUUCCAUAGAAGACGAAAUAAUGCUAGUGCAGCUACGGCGAUGGGCGAGCUAUAAUGAGCCUGACAGAUGCCUAAAGAAGCAAGCCAAGUCAGGAAUAUAUUUACAUAAAUGCCAUUUGUAUUCACUGAAUGUAUACAUGAAAGACGAACUGCAGUUUAAAUGUUUGUCUGUUGGGAUGAGAGGAGAAAAGGCCACUGAAGAGGAUCCGAUCCAAGGUAGCCGUCUAUAUGCAAUGCCACCUGGAAUAAGAGUUUUGGCUUUCACUCUGAAACACCCAAAUGAUGGUACUACCAAACAAAUGGCUCUUGGAUCUACUCUUCGUAUCACUGGCAAGUGUUGAA